UUUUAAAACUUAGUUGGAACUGGAGCUCCUCUAUUGAGAUUCAGACCCACUUCUUCAAACAGGCUCCGCUCGACCUCUAUGUCGCGCAGGUCAUCCUUUUAAGCGAAGACGAGCACUUCCUUCUUCGUGGGUCAAUCGUCUGUUUGAAGGAACUCAGACCCCAAAUUUAUUUUUUUACCCAUAAUAGCAACACUUUUCUCUCCUGAACCAUAGCCACGUUUCUCUCUUUAAACGUAGUUACUCAGAUAAAGCUGUUUCCGUCUUUCUUAAUUUUCGACAAAGUUGGUUCUUUUAUUCGAUUAUGCAAAUACCCAGAUGGCGGAAUGUUUCAAUUCUCAAAAAUACCUUCGUUUCAAGUUUAUCACAACCAAAAACAAAUCCCCAUUUUGCUUCAAUUCAUUCUACACCCGCUCGCGAAGAAAAUUGGAAGAACAGAUGGAACGAUGGUAUAAGAAGGUUUCAGCAACCAUCUAAGAAUUACAUAAGAUAUGCAGUACGUCAAAAACGUGCUGAUGCAAAGAGAGCGCUAAAAGAUUUACUCUUCAAAAGUGGAGCCACGAAAGCUUCAUUCCAGGAUGAAGAGCCAAUAUGGAGUUUUGAUCCAGAGCAACCAAAGGGCACUGACAAGAAAAGGCAACCAAAGUCUUCUGCUCGAAACUCUAGGAAAUUUAACCACAACAAAAUGAAACGUAAGUUCAGGAGAGAGAGUUUUACUGAUGAUGAUGAUCCUGAGACAAUGUUUCAAGCAACGUUUGGAAACAGAUGGUAUACUUGGUCUUUCAAUGAGUCCUCUUUCCGAAGUUCAACAUUUGGAUUUGAGUGGAGAGAGCAUCCAAACCAGACACAUCAUAGAGAUAAAAAGUGGAAUUUUGGAACUGACACUGAGUCUGACAGUGAGUCUUGUUCUAUAGGAUCUUAUCAUGACAGAACGAUCCUUGGUUUGCCUGCAAGUGGUCCUUUAAGGAUUGAAGAUGUUAAGAAUGCUUUUCGCAUGUCAGCAUUAAAAUGGCAUCCUGAUAAGCAUCAAGGACCUUCACAGGCGAAGGCUGAAGAAAAAUUCAAACUUUGCGUCAAUGCGUACAAAUCAUUGUGUGAUGCACUGUCCUGAUUUUAGACAGUAGGUCGCCAGAGCACACACUUUCUUUUCAUUGGGCGCAGCAAUAACUUAGAAGAGGUGUAUUAUAAUUUAUUACCCAUUGCUUAUAUUUGCUACAUAGUAAUGUGCAAACUCCUUGGAAUGGAAAUAAGCUGCCUAACCUGCCAAUCUUUGGGUUGAGGAUUUCCAUCCCCAGAUAUGGGUUCUACUUCAUUUGAUUAGGUUAUAAAAGAGUAGAUCUAAGUUCACUCACUUACUAUCCUCAAUGCACUCUUUCAAACCCUUUAUUUUAAAGAGUUCUAUUAUAGAGUUCUAUUAUAAAAUAACAUUGUGAUGCACUUUUUAUUCUUUAAAUGUAAAAUAUAAAGUUAAUUUAGCUCUUUAUAUAAGGAGAGUCAAACUUCAUACUUUGUUCUAUAUUUAAUAAAUGUACUAUAUAUUUGAUUUAA